AUGAAGAAUGCAUACGAUAAUCUUAAAGCCAAAUACGUAGGUUGGGUGUAUUUGAAAAACAAAACCGACAACAUAUACAACCCUCAAACAAGCACUUUACCCUUAACGAAGGAGGAAUGGGAAGAAUUUAAGAAGGGGCAUCCAAAGGCUGCAUCAUUGAAGACAGUUCCAUUUCCUUUUCCAGAACUUUGUGCAGAAUUGUUUGAUGGAAAUACUGCCACUGGAAAUUGCAAGUGGACCUCAACCCAAACAACAUCCGGGGUUGGAUAUUCUUCUCAUCGUGUCCAAUCGCUUAUGAUUACGGACACCCAUUAUCAUGACACACAAGAUGAUGCCGGCACCUCUGAGCCUACUUUCGAGCCCACUUCUGAGCCUAAUCCUGAGCCCACUUCUGAGCCUACUUCCGAGCCCACUUCUGAGCCUAAUUCGGAGCCUAAUCCAAACAAAAGGGCCAAAAUCUCAAAAUCAUCUAUUAACCAUGAUGAUUUAGCACGUGAUAUGCAGAAGGCUCUACAGGUUUUGAUUAAAGGCAAAGAAGGGCCAACAGUUCGUGAGUGUUCUGAGAAGUUAAAGUUGGUUGGGUUAGACCCGGUAGAUCCUAUAUUCUUAACUGCUUUUCACAUUUUUGGGGUGUCCGCCGACAUGAGAGAGGCGUGGAUGGCAUUGCCAGAAAUUCCCGAGGUCUUAAGAGGGUGGAUCGGGAUGACGGCAAAAAGUUUAGGCCUGCUAAAGUAG